AGCUCAAAUUUCUCACUUUUCCCCAGGUGUGAGUGGACAGCCGUGGUGCCAUUUGUUCUCAAUAUGUCACAGGCAGCGCAGCGUCACAGGGCCACGGUGCCCAGAAGCAGCUGGAUCCUGGCUUUGUCUCUGCUGUUCGCUCUUCAGGGUGCUGCUCAUGCUGCUCCAUCAGGAGAGUACAAGCUGGUUCGCACCACCAGAGUGAGAAGGCAGACUUCAGGGGGGUACCAAGCCCCCUCUGCACCCUCACCCAACCAGACUCUGCGGGAGCAGCCUUUGGUCUUCAACCACGUAUACAACAUUAACGUACCCAUGGAGUCGCUUUGCUCUGUUGACCUGGACACGUCCGCACCUCCGGGCUCAGGUGACGGUGAGGACUUCGGAUUGAUUAAAGAUUCUCGUGGCGAGUUGGGAUCCAGACCUUCCGUAGAGGGUCCAAUGGAUCCAAUUGAACCGACAGAAUUCACUGAGCAAACACUGGAUGCUGACAGCCAGGUAACAUUCACUCACCGCAUCAAUAUCCCGAAAGCAGCUUGUGGUUGUCCUGCAACCAAUGCAAUCCAGCAGCUUGUCAACAGAGUGGAGAUGCUGGAAAGAGAGGUUUCCCUGUUAAGAUCUCAGUGUGGGACUGGAUGCUGUGGGGAGGGUUCUGCAAUGGGGCGUUUGGACUUUGUCCCAGGCUGCAGUGGCCAUGGAAGUUUCAGCUUUGACCUGUGCGGCUGCAUCUGCGAGGACGGUUGGACAGGCAAAAACUGCUCCGAGUCCCGUUGCCCAAAUGACUGCUCCGGUCAGGGGGUGUGCAUCGAAGGGGAGUGUGUAUGUGACCGUGACUUUGGGGGUGACAACUGUUCGGAGCCACGCUGCCCCUCAGACUGUUCAGGUCGCGGUCUGUGCAUAGACGGCGAGUGUGUGUGCGAAGAGUCCUACACAGGGGAAGACUGCAUGGUCGGAAGGUGUCUCAACGACUGCUCAGAUCAGGGGUUGUGCAUCAACGGGACGUGCCAGUGCCGACCGGGAUACGUGGGAGAGGACUGCUCGCUGGUUUACUGUGCCAACAACUGCAGCAAGAAGGGAGUCUGCAAGGAGGGCUUUUGUGUCUGCCAGGAGGGCUUUGCUGGAGAUGACUGCAACUCUGUGGCACCAGCCAUGAACUUGAAUGUGCGAGGAGUGACAGAUCGUACCAUCGACAUGGAGUGGGAGGGGUCCGUUGUGUUGACAGAUUUCUUAGUUACCUACACACCGAGCAGCCCAGGAGGCAAGUGCAGAUCUGAGCUUACAUUUCUGAGUAACACUUAUUGUGUCCAGCUAGAGUUAAGGAUUCCAGGCAAUACCACGACCUGCACUAUUUCUGGACUGGAGGCAGGCAUGGAGUAUAACGUCAAUGUGUUCGCUGUCAUUAACAACACAAUCAGCGUCCCUGCCAGUAUUACCGUUUGGACUUAUCUCUCCAAUCCGGAUGGUUUAGUCUUCAAAUCAAUCACAGAGACGUCGGUGGAGGUCCAGUGGAAACCCUUCUACUAUUCCUUUGAUGGAUGGGAGAUCAGUUUCAUCCCCAAGGACAAUGAUGGAGGGAUGACCACACAACUGCCAAGUACUAUCACUUCAUUUGUGCAAACUGGUUUGAGACCAGGGGAGGAGUACACAAUUAACCUGGUGGCCCUCAGAGACCAGGGUAGAAGUCAACCCGUUACUGCAACUUUCACAACAUUGAUUGAUGGCCCCACUCAGUUGAUUGUGAGGGAUGUGUCAGACACUGUGGCAUUUGUGGAGUGGACGCCUCCAAAAGCAAAGAUCGAUCAGAUUGUGUUGCGUUAUGGCCUUGUGGGAGGAGAGGGGGCAUGGACAACCUUUCGUCUUCAGCCCUCACUCAGCCAGUACUCUCUACAGGUGCUUCGUCCUGGCUCACGAUACGAGGUGUCUGUGAGUGGUGUGAGGAAAGGAAACGAGAGCGGUUCUAUUUCCACUGAAUUUACCACCGCUUUAUCGUUCUUCUCAGAGAUCGAUGCCCCCAAGAACUUGCGGCUUGUAUCCAAGACCUCCACCACCCUCGAGCUGGAGUGGGAUAACAGUGAGGCUGAGGUGGAGGCCUACCAGGUGGUGUACAGCACUUUAGCAGGAGAUCUGUAUGACAAAGUCAUUGUACCACGCAAUGAGGGUGCCACCACUAAGACGACUCUCACGGAUCUGCUGCCGGGCACAGAAUAUGGUAUCGGUAUUUCUGCCAUGAAAGGUAGCAACCAGAGCACACCAGCAACAAUGAAUGCAAGAACAGGUCUGGAUGUACCCAUGGAUCUAACUGUGACAGCUUCUACCGACAACACCAUUUCUCUGAUGUGGGGCAUAGUCCAAGGUCCGAUCGACCAUUACAAAGUCACCUACACAUCUUCUUCUGGUGUUUCCUCCGAGCUUACAGUCCCCAAAGAUGUAACCACAACCACUCUGACAAACCUUGAGCCUGGAACUGAGUAUACCAUCACCGUAGCAGCAAGAAGAGGAAGGCAAGAGAGCAACGCAGCGACAAUAGAUGCUUUCACAGGAAUCAGACCCGUAACCCACGUCUACUUGUCAGAGAUGACUUCAGACUCAGUGUUGGUGGCGUGGAACGCCCCAGCACCACCUGCUGACCUGUUCAUUCUGAGCUACAGCUCUGCUGACGGGACCGACACCUCUAAGGUGACACUCGAUGGCUCCAAGACGAAGUCAAUGGUCCAGGGCCUGCUACCAUCCACUCACUACACCGUCAGUCUUAUCACUAUUCAGGGGGAUGUUACUUCUGAGCCCAUUACAGCAUCGCUCACUACAGGCAUGGAUCCACCAAAAGAAAUGACAGUGUCGGAUGUGACCGAAGAUGGAGUGACCAUCUCUUGGAUCACACCACUGGCUCCAUUUGAAUACUAUAAGCUUUCAUACCAAUCCGCAAGAGGUCGAGUGGACAGUGUGAUGAUCGACAGUGAUGUGACAAACUACACUUUGUCCAGCCUGUUUCCUGCCACAGAGUAUGAGAUCAGUCUCAACGCUGUCCGGGGUAGUCAAGAGAGCAAAGUUGUCAGCACGUCUGUCUUCACAGCGAUGGAUAUGCCUGCUGAGCUGACAGCCCUUAACAUCACCCCACAAGGAGCCUUGUUAAGAUGGAAUCCUCCUCUGUCCAAUGUGGACAACUAUGUUCUUACCGUCACACACAACCAGGUCACAGCUGAUACUUUCCUGGUAGAAGGGAACAAGCAAGAGCACCAGUUGUCAAACCUGAAGCCGAGCACCACUUACUCUGUAGCCCUCUAUGCCACCAAAGGACCCCUCACCAGUGGCACUGUCAUCACCAACCUCCAAACACCCAUGGAUGCACCGGUGAAUCUGACAGCCAGCGACGUGAACCAUCGUAGCGCCCUCAUCUCCUGGCAACCACCAAUCGCAGAAAUCGACAACUACAUGCUUACUUACAAGUCAUCUGAUGGCAGUCGUAAAGAGCUGAUCCUCGAUGCAGAAGACACAUGGAUUCGGUUGGAAGGAUUGGCUGAGUCUACAGAGUACACUGUCAAGCUCCAGGCUGCAAGAGGACUUGAUACCAGCGCUGUGGUUUCCACCACUUUUACCACAGGGAGUCGUCUGUUUGCAACGCCUCAGAACUGUGCGCAGCAUCUGCUGAACGGGGAGACUCUGAGCGGCGUCUACACCAUAUACAUCAACAGGGACCCCAGCCAAGGUGUGCAGGUGUACUGUGACAUGACCACAGAUGAAGGAGGCUGGAUUGUGUUCCAGCGUCGUCAGAAUGGGCUGACAGAUUUCUCCAGGAAGUGGAGUGACUAUCGAGUUGGAUUUGGAAACUUAGAAGAUGAGUUCUGGCUUGGCCUUGACAACAUUCAGAAGAUUGCUGCCCAGGGUCGUUAUGAGCUGAGGAUUGACAUGAAGGACGGGCAGGAAUCAGUCUUUGCUAAUUAUGACAAGUUCUCAGUUGGAGAUGCAAGAAACCUCUACAAGCUCAGGAUAGGAGAGUACAAUGGCACAGCUGGUGACUCUCUGAGCUACCACCAGGGGCGGCCAUUCUCUACAAAAGACAGAGACAAUGACAUUGCUGUUACUAACUGUGCCUUGUCUUACAAAGGAGCCUGGUGGUACAAGAACUGCCACCGGGCUAACCUCAACGGCAAAUAUGGAGAAUCCAGACACAGUCAGGGUAUCAACUGGUACCACUGGAAAGGCCACGAGUUUUCCAUUCCUUUCGUCGAGAUGAAGAUUAGGCCAUUCAAUUUCCGUAGCAUCAGCAACAAGAGGAGGCGGUCUGCCCCUGUAUAAACAACCACCUCCCUCCAGCCUAGAAUCAUGGAAAAAAGAGGUUUGAAUGAUGCUAAGUGUUUCUGCUGUUGUUGUGCUUUACUGACAGCAAAGGCAGGCUUGAAUGAAACAUCGCCGGUUCCUUUUAGUGUUGCUUCCAAUGGUAAUUUGGAUCAUUAAACAAAGCUACUAAUAUUUUAUUAAAAUUAGUCAAAUAACACAUUAACAUGAGGCAAUUAUGAUAAUUUUUUCAGUCUAUGGAUGUAAUUUUGGAUUAUAAAUUAGCAGAGAGGAUGCUACCAUGUCAAAAGUCUUUUGAUCUCUGUACCUGCCCAGCCUCAGCUGUCUUUACCUGCUGUCCUUCUACCUAGAAGACAUUGUAUUUAUUUUUAUUAAGCACUAAAUGACAAUGGCUGUAUUUGCUGUAAAAAAAAGACAAGAAAAAGAACAGAGGGGAUAGGGAUAGAAAACCUGACACUUUAGUUUUUGCUGGGUGAGAAAAUGUGCUCAAACUCCUGCAAGACUGAGAGCGAACUCUAUUGUAACCGUUAGAAAAUAACACUUUUAACUUAAAAGAAACUGUAAAUGCCCUUCAAUCCCACAACUGUAAUAUAUAAAUAUAUAUAUAUACAUAUAUAUAUUUUUAUAAUGUUAAUUUGACAGAAUCCAUCCAUUUGAUAUUAUUUAAUACUUUGAUUUUUUUUUUUACCCUUAAUUAGGGUAAUAUGAGUAUAAAUAUGACAAAUGUUGAACAUUGGUUAAAAAAAACAUCCAAAAUCUUCACUAAUGAAUCAGUUUACAAAUGCAACAAAGCAACAGCUCCAUUGCAACCAUUUUAUUGGUUUUAUCGUCGCUGUUGUUUAAAAUAGACUCGCUUUUAUUUAUAUAUUGAGGAAAAAACAAUCACCACUACAUAAAUUUAUUAUUAAUGGUGGCCACUAUGAGACAGUAUUUGCUCCGAGAGUAGGAAUGCAACCAAGAUUUUGUUCAUUUAAUCCAAUUAAUUUAAGUUUCAUUUUCAAGAAAUUACAAUCACUUAUGUCAUCAUGUUCUAAACCUUUUAUAGGUGCUGAGAUUGCUUGCGGAGAUGGUGCUGAUAGAUACAAUAUUUAACCAAAGAUAUGAACAGUGAGGACUUGGCUAGCUGUUUGGAAAGUGGCCAGUCAGUUCUCUCACCAAAGUUACAGCAGUAGCUUUUUAGUCCCGUGUUAUAGGGCUUUCGUAGUAUUCAUGGUUCGCAGGCAUUACUGCAUGCAAUGUGAUCACUAAAUUCUAUGCAGGAGAAAGUCGGGAUGGGCCUGGUGCAGAUUUGAGCUUGGCCUGUCUCCCGCUGCUUGCUGAAAUGAACUUAACAAAGAAAGCAGAACGAACAGUAGGUGGAGGGGGGCCAAGUCUUUCUUGCUCCACAAUUUAAGCUUCACAGUGAAACAACAAAAUCAGCAAACACUGCUGGGAAUGUGUUCUUUUUACUGAGCCCAGCGUAAUCUGCAGCAUGCCUGCCGAAUGUGGUGUUCACAGUGUUGCUCAUACCUUUAAGGACCAGUAAAUCAAAUACAGUUUUUUGGGGGGGCAAAAAAACUGUCCAGGCUGAAGACAUACGAUAGCAAAAUGGCUACAUUUUCUUGAGAAAAACAUAUUGUUCCUUACAAUGUAUGAAAAUCUAUUCCACCAUCACUGCAAGCAGCAUUUAGUCUCAUGAUUUCUUUUUGUCUUUGAUAGCUGACAAGAUUUCUGCAUUCCUGUUAUCCUUAAAUUGAUUUUCUCAUUGAGUUGAGCCAGAAAAUCUGGCAGCUGUCACAUAACUGUAUAUUGUUUCCCUAUAAACUUUUCAACAAUACUAACAAUCCUUUCUAUAAACUACUAAUAAUAUAUCUCAUAUAGAAAUGGCAUCACACUUGAUGUGUAUGGCAUCCUCUGAUGUGUUCCUCCUAUAGAGGCAAACUAAUUCAUUAAGCCCUGUUGAACAUUUUCAUUGUAACCUUCUGCAUGUCUAUUAAAUGAAACCAGGAGCCUGAGAGUAAAUAGAAAAUAUCCUGAAUAUAUUUUAGUUUGACUUGUCAUGGUUCUUGAAAACAAAGUUUCAAGUGAAAGUUUCUCUUUAAAUAGUUCAGGAGAUAGUGAAAUAAACUCCACCCUAUCAGGCUUCAGAUUUAUCAUCUUCCCCUUUGUAUCUUUUAUGUAUCAUUCCCAAGACAUUUCAGACUCUCAUGCAAUACAUUUCCCACAGUGUUUUACUGUAGACUAGAGGAUUCUCUGUGUACUUAUUUAAUUAACUACUUAGAUUACGUUUCCCUCCAUUGGUUUUUGUACAAAGGAACAAAAGUUAUUAAACUCUGCAGAAAAGAAACAGAAUGUCAUUUGUAUUUGGGGGUUUUCUCAUUGCAUUCUAAAAGGUGCUUUUAAAUCCAUCAAAAAGUACAGUUCUUCUAUUCACAAUUAUUUUUACAAAACUUUCCAAAAAACCUCAAAUGUAAAGCUUUUUAUAUUGGAUUGAGAUGCUCUGUAGCAUGGGACAACUUAGCUUUCCCUUCAUUAAUAAUAGGGAAAAAAAUAAACUUAGUAAUAUUUUCUUCUUUGCUUUUAGGAAAUUAUUUCAGAUUGUACAAAUAUCUGUGUCGUCUUGAAGACAUACCUUAAAUUAUUUAGAAAAGAGAGCCUCGAAUAGGCUCUUGAUCAUAUGAAUCAUUUGAUGUUCUUUACUUAAGUAUUAAGUACAAUGUACAACUUUACUGUUUUUCAAAAGGAAAAGGGGUUGAUGUAAUGAUCUGGCUGUAUCUUGUCUUUUGUUUCAUUUGUACUGUGCUUCAUGUUUAAACAGAGUAUCUCCCCUCAUUGAAAGUAAGACUCAAUCCCAGAGGUCAGAUUGCAUUUACACUGUGUUUGUAAUGAGCUUCUCGCAGAACAGGAAACAUGUUUCCUUAUGUAUUUAUUUACCACUCUCUGUGAAAAGUCAGCCCCACAAGGCCGUGCAGAUUCUGGAAACAAAAAUGCUUUAUUUGGUGGAAUUACUUUUUUUUCUUUUUUUUGGAAAAUCUGUUACUGAAGUGAUCUGAAAUCUUGCUAGUGUGGAAAUGUAAAUGUUGACUGUUGAAAUGUGAUCUUGACUGUUUGAAAAGCUUGAAGAAGUUUAAAUUAAAGAUUUAUUGUUGGAUAACCUUGGAUAUUACUGUACAAUUUAGCUCUAGUUUGACUUGAACAUGUACUAUAUAGUUCCUUUUUUAAUACAUUUUCUACAUAUUAAUAAAAUAUUCAAA